GUUCCGGUCAAUCCAAAACCAUUUCUAAACGAACUUACAGGAAAGCCGAUUAUGGUGAAACUCAAGUGGGGUAUGGAAUAUAAGGGAUAUCUGGUGUCGGUUGACUCGUACAUGAAUAUGCAGCUAGCAAACACUGAGGAAUAUAUCGAUGGUGUAUCUCAAGGUGUUCUUGGUGAAGUCUUGGUCAGGCAAGUUUAG